CAAGCAAACACAAGGGUACAUUUUCAACUUGAAACGAGUUAACGCAACAGCUGCUCAGUUAUAAAGCAAAUCUGAGUUUUGUCUUCGAUAGGCUGUAGAGAGAAACGUGCGUUCACAACAGUGGAACACAUGGUUAGACAUUAAGUUCUCCAUAAUGGUAUUGGUGGCAGUUCUGUGCUUGGCUACGGAGAUAUGAGAAGAAUCAGUUAUCCACUGGUCGCUUAGGCGUGAGACUUUUAUUGUGGAAAUAUGUAGCCUACCGGAAUUUCUAUAUUGCUUCAUAUUUGGCCAGUGCUUUCUUUCCACCUGGGAAGCGAGUGGCGCUCUGCGCACAGACCUACUAGAGUGCGCUUGCGGUCUCAUUGAUGAAAGCGCCACUUGGACCGAGCGGACACUGAACCAACAUGUCCUGUCUCCGCAUCAGAUGGAUUUGUCUCACUCUGUGUUUAGCACCAACUGUUUUAGCGAGCCUGCACCCUGAAUGUGAGUACAUAUUUCAGUUGCAGAAAGAGGAGCAUCACUGUCUUCAGUACAUUGCAGAGCAGGCCAAUAGAAUCAAUGAAGGUUGUCAGCCAUUCUGGGAUGCAGUCACCUGCUGGCCUCCUGCAGCUGUUGGGGAAACAGUUCACAAAGCUUGUCCUGCAGUGUUCUCUCUCUUCAAAAACAGCACAGGCUCAGUGAGCCGUAACUGCACCAGUGGAGGCUGGUCCAGUCCCUUCCCAGCAUACCACUCCGCUUGCAGUGUGGAUGAUGACAUUCCUGAGACAGAGCAGUCAUACUUUGCCACUGUGAAGCUCAUAUACACCAUUGGCUACAGCAUUUCUCUAGCAGUACUGGCCGUUGCUGUUCUGAUCCUGUUGUUCUUCAGGAGGCUACAUUGUGCCAGGAACUUCAUUCAUAUCCAGCUCUUCAUUACGUUUAUCCUGAAGGCUGUGGGGGUGUUCAUAAGGGACACUACUCUGUUCUCAAGUGACGACACAAACCACUGUACCCUUUCCACAUUUGCUUGUAAGGCCUCUGUGGUCUUCUCUCACUAUUGUGUAAUGACAAAUUUUUUCUGGCUCCUGGUGGAGGCACUCUACCUCAAUUCCCUGCUGCUUUCGGCCUAUCAUAGCCGUAGAUGCCUCUGGAGUUUCAGCCUGCUGGGAUGGGGUGUUCCUGUGCUGUUCAUCACCCUGUGGAUUGGAUCCAGGGUGUAUUUUGAGGACACAGAAUGCUGGGACAUCAACGAGGACUCACCCUAUUGGUGGAUCAUCAAAGGACCAAUUACUGUGUCUAUAACGGUCAAUUUUAUGCUCUUCAUGAACAUCAUCAGAAUCCUAAUACAGAAGCUGAAUUCUCGGCUAAUCCAGUUCAAUACCUCCUCUCAGUACAGACGCCUGACUAAGUCCACUCUCCUGCUCAUCCCUUUGUUUGGUACGCACUACAUGUUCUUCAAUUUUCUGCCCAACUACUUCAAUGUUAACCUGCGCUUCUGUAUUGAGCUCUGCUUGGGAUCCUUCCAGGGGCUCCUUGUGGCAAUUCUCUAUUGCUUUCUCAAUCAAGAGGUCCAGAAAGAGGUCCACAUGCAGUGGCUGAGGUGGCAGGAGAUAAGUUAUGGGGUGGUGCCACCUGCUGCAAAGGGCAGCCAGAUGGACACACCCUUCUAGAGUGACCUGCUGUGCCAUCACCUUCUUCCUGUACAACUUCACUGUACUUUCACAGAGGAUUCCCUCUGUGCAUGUCAUUGUCUCUAAUGGUCCAUAGUACGCACAAUACCAGAGGCCAGAACCGAGAAACUGAGGUGAACUUUGCCAUAGAGAAUGUUUCGGAAAUCCCAUGAUUCUUUAUAAACAUAUCGCAACACAUCUUCUGUCAUAUGCAUUUGUAAAAUUAAAGAAUGAUCCUUUUACUGAGCUUGAAACUUUGCCUGACAACCAUCAAGUAGCAAUGACUCAUUGGAUAUUGGAUUUAACCAGCAUAUCUACAUAUUAUCUUGUCCGUGUGUCAAAGAUAUGCUUGUAAAUAUCAGUGGACACUAUGUAGAUGCUCAAGUAAAAUAAAGUACAGUAAGUUUAAGUUAGUGCUGUUCUGAAAGUUGUAGCCAAGUGACGCACUGAGGAUUCACCACUCAGCUAACUCACAUAAAGGCUGGAGUGUAUUAUGACUUUCAUAAUAUUAAUUUGUGUUAUACAAUUAUAUUCCUUUAUAGUCAAAUUAUCUCAGACUGUGGGAAGUGCUGAUUGAUCAUUACAAAUUGUUCAGCAUAUGUGUUACGUUGUUUGUGCUUUUUGUGGUCUUUGUAUUUAUUGAACUUAAUGGUUCAGUGGUGGGUUGGAAUUAAAACUGCAGCACUGGUCCUCACUUGUAAAAACCUCUCACUGUAUAUUGUAAAGGAUAAAUUCAGUGUAGUGUGUUGUGUUUUGUCAGCUCUACUAAUAGAAAGGAAAUCUCCACUGCCAGCUCAUAUUCAGAACAGGGCUGGAAAACAUGGGAAAGAUAAACUAUUGUAAUAAGUUUAAAUAUCUAAAAAUUAAAAUGUAGCCGUGCUUUCAGUGCUUUAAACUACAUUGUGAUAUAAAGAAUGGAAAAUUGGAGAUAUUUUAACCAUAAUUACCAAAAUUGUA